CAGCAAGACGCUGAUUGACGUCGGGUGCUGGGGAAAGCAUUGCCGAAGCUUGCCCUCAUAUACCACAACGGACGAAGUUUCGUCCUUGCAAGAGGUAACUCGGCCACUGGUUUGCUGAUCAACAUGAGGUGCUACAGUGCCUUGCAAGACUGUCCUCAUCCUUUGCGCAAGCGACGAUUCCGUCGUGCACGAGCUGCUUGAGAGAUGUCUUGUCACCAAUCUGCUGUUCUCUGCAGAGGUGAAACUCAACUGAUAUUUAGCAACUGAUCUCAUUAAUAUCUCGAUGUACCCUUUCAAUCUUCGCCUAGAAGCUGGUUUACUUUGGAUUACUGUCGCGGGUGUCCUUACAAGGAUCUCACGUUACCAGCGUUCCGCUCGCAGUAUCGUAGCUCCUCUGGUACAAUGACUCACACGCCCUGCAAUGGGCAUGCACAACCUUACAAAGGCUUCCCGACUCCCACAAAGAACGCGACCACUACAUCCAAAGCGCGGAGUCCGCCAUGGCGCGUACAGCACUUUUCGUGAUCGACAUACAAGUCGAAUUGGCGCAAAAUGCGACGACCGAGAUACCACACGCGGAGCGAAUUCGAGAAGCCGGAACUAGGAUCCUGCAAAGAGCGCGUCAAGCCAUUGACUCGGCUGACGAUCAUGGACGAACACCAGAUGUGGAGAUUGUGUUUGUGCAACAUGAGGAGGUUGCAGAGAAGGGACCUUUGGUGAAAGGGAGCAAACCCUGGGAGCUCGUGUUCAAGCCACGACACAAUGACAGAUGGGAAACAUUGGUGUCAAAGAACGUCCGGGAUGCCUUUGAGUCCAACCCACAACUUGCAGAUCAGCUUAAAAAGGAGGGUGUAGAGACGAUUGUGGCUUUUGGAAUACAGAGCGAAUGCUGUGUGCUUUCGACUUGCAGAGGUGCGUUGGCGGCUGGAUUCAAUGUCGUCUUGUUGAGGGGUGCGCACUCUACUUACGACAUCGGUGACAAGCCCGCGGGGGCUAUCGAAGGAGAGGUAGAAUCUCAGCUCGAGAAGGCUGGCGCUGAGAUACUACCCUGGGAUUUAUGGAAGCCAUCAGCUUCAUGUAUGUGAGGGUGGACGAAUAGUGUAAAAAGAAGCUUGUAUCUAUCAGAUCUUCUAGUCCCUGCGAAACUACUCAGUACCUG